AGCGUAGAUCUUCAAACUGUCUUGCCUUCCCAAAUUGCACAUUGCCCUAUAAUCAUGGACAUCGCAGAACAAGCAGCUGAGAUCAGAAGCAACUGGAUAUUCUUCGUUUCUACUGAUCAGGUUCUUCUACGAGGCUGUCUCCUUGCGGCAUGUCGAUACUUGGCUCAAGUUGAGCUCCGCGAUGAGUACGCAUUGAUGGCCAUUCAGUACAAGCAGUACUAUUUACAAAGCCUUCGGAAGGGACUAUCAUCACGGGGACUUUCGUCGCGUCGGAAUGCGGUUGCAAUGACCACGGUUCUCGCGCUUGAUGAGAUUACUUGUGGAGAUCAUCUUGUCGCUGCAAAACAUGUACUGGGCGCCAUGAAGAUGGUCGAAGAGGCCGGUGGACUUGAACGGCUUGGGCUUAAUCAUCUUGUUCGCUAUGUCCUCUACAACCUCAUGUUCGGCAAGCGACUAUCAGAAUGGGAUAUGGAUCUCCAUCUUGCCUCAACACUCAUGACACCAGACUCAAUACUACCCUAGUCAUGCCAAAACAAAUCCCGAAACAGUAGCGCUCAUUCC